GCAGAGACUGAUGCCAGGAGGGAUCCACGGUGGGGUUGGGUGCCACAUGACGCCCCCCUUCUUUGUGGUCGUGUGAGGAUGCCCAUGUGUGACGCCAUGGGCAAUGUAUGGACCAUGUAUUACAUAAACGGGAGCUUCGUGUCCAGGCACCUGAACAGGGAGGUGACUGAAGAGGAGAAGAUGACGAUGGCUUGUCCCACAGCUGCUGCUUGUUGUUUUUCGCCGCCUCUUCGGAACCCUGUGGAGCUCGAGGUGGCAGAGGGGAAAGUGUUCGUGGGUGAGCAGGGGUACACAUACACGCAUGCUAGAGGGGAGGAAGCUACUGCUGAUGGAUUGUCCCCGCUGGUAUGGAACCCGCCCAACCUGAAGCCUGACGUUCUGGCUGCCAUGGACAUUACGGCCCAUGUCAUCCCUGAGGGGCAGUUGCCGCACCAUGUGGCCCCUCAGAAGUAUGGAUAUCGUGUGAAUUGGAUGCCAGGAUGUCUGCAUCCUGCAACAGUUGAUGGCAAGGUGACCAUGGCGGCCAAACUGCAGACAGGCCAUUGGUUGCCCUUGGGGUGGAUGCAUGCAGGCAUGGUGGAGCAGUGGCAGUUCCUGGUGGUACUGGCACGUGUGUCCAUUUUCAAUGCAGAUGUGAAGGAGCACGUUCUGGUUGUGGAGCAUGCAAAGCGGUGCUGGGAGACGAUAAGGGAGGAGGACCGUCAGAUGGUGUGCAUGGGUUACGACUCCAUGCCAGAGCAGGGGAUGUGGUCCAUGGUUGAGGGGAGUCCUGGUGGGCAAGGGCAGGGCAAUGGGGAGAACAUGUACAUGGCUCACAUCCGCCGCAGGCAUGGAUGCUCCGCCCAUGUUGGUUGGGUCCCGCCCGUAUGUCGCCUGACAUACGAGCAAGGUGGAGAGAUGACGAUUAUGUUCAAGGACCCGCUUGGUUUGCCGUUUCUGCUGACGUACUCGGAUGGCCUUCUGCGAGACAUUCGGUAUAUGGUGCACGAGGACACCCGAGGUGGACUUCAGAGGCCGGGACAGACGGAGGAGACGCGCCUGGGGCAUCAGGGUGGUUUGUCUGCUGAGGUGGAGGGCCCACGUGGCAGUGAGCGAGUUGCAGGGUGCUCUGCAGCGCAGGCUGACGUGGCCGGGCCCAACAACACUGCGAUGUCCCACAGCCCGAGGAAGAGAGAAGAGGUCAAAAGACAAAGCAGUUGCAUCAUGUCGAUGUCGGUAGCACAGGUGGCGAAGGUUCUCGCAGAGGUGAUAAAGUAUGCUGAGGACCGAUUCCACUACAACUGUCGUGGCGAGUUGUCUUUGGUGGAGGAGAGGGUGCCGCGCGAAGGCAUGCGCGACGAAGGACUUGUCGACAUGUCAAUGCAGCAGAGAGGGGGGACCUAUACACCUGUGGCUUUCAGGAAGYUCAUGGUGAGUGUGGCGAAGGGAUGRGACAUGCUUGUUGAAGGGACGAAGGACGAGUUGAAGAGGGGUGCUGCAGAAAUACUAGUGCUGUCCAGAAUCAAGGACAUGACACAAACACCGCCCCAGGACUUUCAAGAGCUUCCCAUUAUUAUUGCAGACGGUGUGAAAUACGUUCUGCUUGACCAGCUAUGUGAUCUCAUGGGGAGGUCAGAGGACGACAGGAACGUCAUUCAUGAGAUGUUGCACGAAGUCACAGAGUAUGCCAUGCAGGGUCGAGAUGUCAUUGAGUUUGAGCCCGCGUCGGCAGGAGAGGAGAUCAUUAGUGGCAGACCAUUGUGGGGGGGCUUGUUGGGUUGUGCUCUGGAGCGGCUUGGUCUUGCAACCUACGAUGUCGAGAGACAGAGAGAAAGGGAAGAGGGUUGGAGGAUGAUUGCCAGUGAAACAAGGUUAACGGUCAUUGAAGAAACCGGGGAGACAUCAACAGCACAAGAUACGAGCGGGGCGAUGGUGGUUGACGUGUCUACCUUGCACACACCAUCGACAGAGGAGUUGGGGUAUAUGGACACUUGUGAGCGUUUCUUCUUCGGGGAGCAGCAGGAGGACGAGCACACAGACGAUGCACAGCACAGAGUCGAUGCAGAGGAGGAGGAUAAGGAAGAGUGCGAGGGGUCUGACGUGGAUGUGAGCGGCAGCGACGUCAGCAACGACGAAGCGGACGACGACAAUAACGUGUACUACGAUCUCAAGACAGCGGGUGGACAAGUAACCAAAGGUUGGGCACAUGCAAUCCUGAGGUUGGCACGAGUAUUUCCUGAUCCGCACAACGUGCUGCGUGUGGUGUUCAAGGGGGCGACACCUGAUGGUGCCAUGCAGUAUGCUGCAGUGACCACCAUAAUGCGAUCCGGCAAGAAGGGGAAAAAAUGGUCACGUAUCGGCAAGGCAUGGUUUGUUCUGGUGAACAGAGAGGCUGUGCUAGCAACAUCGCUGACAUGGGGACUGAACCUGAGUUGCCUCCUGCAUGGCGCAGUGGCCACAGCUUGGGGAGAGACAUUGCACCCCGGCUUGUCGACAGGGGAUGCAGUAGAAAUGGACAGCGGUCCACUGGUGUGCGACUGCGGCAGACCUUUCAUGUCCUUACGGACUUUAAACUCGCAUUGUGCGAGGGCAUGCCCGGCCGUGGUGGAAGAGGGGGCGCAAAGGCAGGAGAACAAUGCUGCCCACGACCCGGGGUCAUCCGACAUGGGCGCAGCAAAUCUCGCAGCUGAUGACAGCGACGACGCGGGGCCAGAGGACAACGCGAACGGGGCAGCGGGUGACAACGCAGAGCCGGAAGCGCAACCCGUCGAGCCUUUUGACAGCUCGCGCAGGCUAGCAGCGCUUAUUUUGUCCGCACGUGGCGGCGUCGGUAUGUCGCAUUGCGACGUUGAUGCUCUCUUGUCGCUUCUCAAAGACCCCAUUCUUGUCGAUAAUGCAGGUCGCUCCAGCGCAUUUAGGAAGCGAAAGGCCGUCAUCUUCCACAAGGCCCUUUCGAUGGUCUUGCAAGCUGCAAAGGAGGCGUCGCACGACGGCAUCACGAUACCAUCGACGGGAUUCGGGGACGUGACUGUCCACCCUUUCCUCCUCAACUAUAUACAGGACUAUCCAGAACGAUGUGCGCUGGCGAAUGUGAAGUUUGGUGUAUGCCCCACAUGCACCGUGUCGAAAACGGACCUCGAUGUUGUGGCCGAUUUCACGGACUGCAGGAGAUCCCAGACGCUGGAAACCCAACUCGUAGAAGCCCUGUUCACGGCGGACGACGAUGACGUGCGUCACGAAGCGGGAGGGCGAAUGGCAGAGUUGGACAUGCAUAGGCAUGUUGAACAGAACGGCCUUUGGGGGUUCUACAGGGGGCCGAGCGGCGAUGAUCCUCAGUUAGACUACCACCUCGCAUUGCAACCAGACCGUAUGCACACGAUCGAACAUGGCAUAUUCCUGCACAUGGUCGACGCAUUCAGGGCGACAGCCUUUGAGAAGUUGCCGCACACACCGCAAACUGAGAUCCUGAAGGAACUCGAUGCGAGAUUGCAAUGCGUUAGUGAGAGAUGUACGCGAACAUAUCCCCAACUUGUGUUGCCCGUGACCACAGGCAGCGAUUUUUUUUCUAGAGAGGGACGCUUCGAGGCGAAACAGAACCGGUCUGUGAUGACAGUGUGCAUGUUCCUCAUUUUUAAUAUAAUCCCACGCUCGACAGGCAAGGGCAUUAUCGCCUGUUUCGUCAAGCUGAUGCAAAUGUACGUACGUUUGUUUUGGCGCACAGCACACACUCAAGCUUCCCUCGACGAAUGCGACGCGUUGAUGACGGACUUCGUAACGACCAUCAAAGCGAAAUUGGGAAGAUACCAACCAUCGAAUUGGAAACUCCCGAAGUUGCAUGAUCUUAUGCACAUGAGAGCGAGUAUCGAGCAAUCUGGUGUGGCCGACACAUUCACUGCAGACGUUUGGGAGCAUCACCACAGGAGAUUCUGCAAACAACCGUACUUGUCAUCGAACAAAAAGAAAGCGUCAACGCAGAUGGUCAACCACGUGCGCCGGUCGCUGGCUUUGCAGGAGGAGACCGGAAUUGUAAGGAAAAGAAGGAAAAGGGCCGUUGAGAAUAGGUCUUCUGUGACGGACUGUAUGGCAGUGAGGUUGAACACCCUGGCACUAUGCGACACGUCAAUCCUUCAACUGCGCUGGUUCAACAUCGAUCAAGACCAGAUACACGAGGUGGAAGGCGUUGACAGUCGUGCGUGUCAGAUACUCGAAGAGCUCCCUUUCAGAACCAAUUUUCGAGCAGCGAUUACGGCGUACAUGGCGGAGAAUGGUUGUCAACCUCCUACCGAUGAUCUCGCUAUAUACACGCGAACACAUCUCGCCAUCGCUUGCACGCAGGACGGAACAAACAGGGGCACACUUGUUCAAACUGCACGAGCGUCGCCGCGGUUUCACGGGAGACCAGUGCACAGCGACGUCGCAAUAAGAGCAGCCAACGAAUGUACGUGGUUCGCAUCAGUGGCCAUGUUUUUCGUCGUCGAUGCACCCACAGACGGCGGCAAUGUGGAACACAAGUGCGCUUUUGUGCAGUGGUACAAAGAGGUUGACAGUGAACGGGAACACGUGACAGGUUGCAAGGAAUUGAAAUGGGAGAAUGCGAAUGGACAUCAGCACAGCAGCGUCGUUUCGACCGACACCAUCGUGGACACCGUUCACAUUGGGCCAUACCAGCGCACCGAAACGGGUAAUGAUGACAGGGACAGAAAACCGUUGUUGCCAACGAGCAGCCGGAGGUCAGCACAGAGCUGGCAGGACAUGUUAUCAGACCCUUGGCGCGCGGAAAUGUACGAUUUACUGACUGAGGGUGCAGCGGAGUGGCCCCGGUCCAGCGGGGAACAGUCUUCCUGUUGUGUGGGAAAACGGAAAGCAGGGGACAUGACUACUGCGAGGGAUGAGCAGACGGACAUCACCGACGUGAACGAAUUGUUCCCUUUUACAUGGAAAUCUGCGCAACACGCCAUACCCGCAUCAAAAUCCGACAUUGAACGGUUGUCGGACGACGGAUGGCUGAAYGACAAUAUUAUUGACAUUUAUUUGCAGUCUGUGUAURAAGAGGUUGGGCGGGGCCAGGACAGGUCUUCUGUUCACGUCUGCACAACUUUCUGGCAUCCCGAGGUCGUCGCCAAUGAAAGUUUUGGGCAGUUGAGGAAAAAAGGAUGGGAGGACGCAAUUAAGAUCAGAGCACAGAAGUUGCAUCGACUGUGCAACGAACUGCGACUCGCAUCGGUCACUGUGAUACCAGUGAAUUGUAACAAACACUGGACUCUUCUUCUGUUGCUGAAUGUGAGGUCUUUCUUGGAGGUCACUGCGGAUAGCCGCAUAUCCGACCCUCCCAUUGCUAUCGUCGUUGACUCAAUGAGAGGAAAAAAGCGAGAAGAAUGGACGGCGUUGCGAAAACUUUUGUGGCACGAGUACCUUCACGAGGCUUCUAAUUUGCAGUGUCUCACCCUUGAAAAGGUUCAUUUUUCGUGGGUGACAUGCAGGAAUCUGGCAGGAAGUAAACUUGUGCAUGCAGAAUGCCCGCAACAGAACAAUCAGACGAACUGUGGUGUUUAUGUGUGUUCCAUCGCUACCACCCUAAUACAAUUUCUCGGAAGAACCGCGGCAAAGGAUGUGAGGGCGAAGGACGUACUGGAAGUUAUCAAACUACAACGGUCUUUGAAACCUGCUGGAAAGAAGGACAAGUGCCGGAAGAAAUCGGGGUCUGAGAAGAGGGAGUCGAAAGAGCAUCGCAGAAGCGGUGCCGGCCUCUCCGCGAAAACGGUGCACAGGCGCAGGCGUAAAUCCGGGUCGAAAGUUACAGUCCCUUCGAGUGAGCGGGACAUUUCAACGUUGAAAGAACGUAACGAGUCGGCCCCCUCGACCCCUGUCGGGGGAAAGCGCGGAAGAGGCGCCGAGAACCGUCCGCCAAGGGCCCCAGAAAAAAAAUCGCGGGAUGAUAGAAGCGCGACUACUCACCGGAGUUCAAAGAAGAGAAUAUCCUACAAAGACGAGAGACCAGUGGAGACAAUCGAUCUUGGAGGGUCUGACGACAGGCACACCACACCCCAAGCGGAAGAAGAGGAGGAACACGACCGUUCCACGCCAGAGAAGUCAGACGGUGCGGAGGAUGAGGAGGGGGGAAACGAGGGAGACGACAUCGGUCCUUCCCGCGGGCAGUCACAAGACACCGACGAGGACGACAACAGCGACGGCAAAUCGGUUAGCCAGAGUACUGGCGAAGACCGGAGCGCCGCUUCAGAAGGAGAUGAUUCGCCAUCUCCUUCGAGGAUGCUGCGCAGCGAAGGGGAACGGCAGGCACGCAAUGGCAGCGACACCGAGGAGCCUGUCGGUGACAGACAAAUCGUGCAGCACGUGAGCGCCACUGGAAAAGGGGAUAACGAAGCAGUAAUAGAGGAGAUGCAAGAGAAGAUGAAGGAGAUGGUCAGGCAAAUAGCAAAUUUCGAAAAAAAGGUCGGAACUACGUACCGGGACAAGCCUGGAUCCCCCUACUCUCUGCGAUGGGAUCGUCGGAAUACCGACCCGUGGAGAAGCGUCGAAGACCGUAACCCUCGCACGUUAGCUGAUUAUUGCACGAGGGAAAGAGAUGAAGAUGAGCGUAGACGUAGGGGCGAGGAGGAUCGAAGGCGCAGAGAAGAAGACGAUCGAAGACGUAGAGAGGACGAAGAGCGGAGGCGCAGGGAUGAUAAUAUCGACAGAGACCACCGACGUGAUGGGUAUAGAGGUGGAGAUUCUUACGGUCGAGGAGACAGAGCCGAGCAGUAUCCGCGCAGUCCCAGAGACCAGUACCCGCGCAGUCCCAGAUACGGUGGGAAUGCCGAAGGGUACCGGAGCCCGGGCAACUUUAACUCGAGGGAUAGAGAGGACUCCCGCGGUCGGUGGGAAUCAGAUAGGGACAUUGAAGCAAUUACGAGCGGACAGAGAGAGGUGGCGAUCGUAGAGAAGAGCCGCGCGGAUAGUAUGAGAGAGGAGGAUAUCCUGCGUCGCCAUCCCAAGUCCCCAAACUACCCUAGAUCUCCUGGGCCAUCUAACCUGGAUGCGAGACGACCGGCGAUUAAGUCGGCGGAGGAACAACCCCCAACCUCUAGGAACUCCUGUAUCUAUUGCCGGGGGGAUGAUCACCUCAAGAGAGACUGCCCUGACCUCAAACGGGCAAUAGAUGAGGGGCUUGUCGUACUUGAUGAUCGCAAGUACGUCAAGUGGGCAGAUAACCUCGGCGAUGUAUCAAUGUUUCCUUCAAUGAAGGAAAAUGUGGAAGCUAGACGAGUUGGACAGAGGAUUGAAGGAGAAGAAGUUAUACUUUCCCCGCGCAAACGUGGGGCGAGAAAGUUCGCGAUGAAGAGUACUCUGGAUGACAUAGACACUGUCGAACCUCUUAGACGCGCUCUCAGGCAGCCUAUGCAGUGCACGAUUCUAGAAUACUUGGCGGCCCCGAGGCCAGCACGGGAUGAAUUGCAGAUGAUUACGCGUAAGACACGUAUUCCUCUGAGCGACGAGGUCCAAAUGACGUCUAAACAGAGGGAGAUACCCACUGUUGCAGUAUCAAGCGUGAUCGCUAAGGCGGAUCGUGCCGCAACAGUAUUUUUAGAUGGGAUAGAAGGAGUGUCUCCUGACAAGUUUUGCAUUCUAGUCAAUGGAACAAUACAGACUACCCUCAACGACGAGGUGAUCCUUCAUGCCGUAAUCGAUAACGGCAGCGAGGCUGUCAUUAUAGACGAGGGCCUAGCGGUCCGAUUGGGGUUAGACCUGGAUAGGUCGUACCAAUUUGAGAUAGAGACCGCUGAUGGGAGGAAGCAGAAGGUCGCUGGAGUUUGUCACAAGGCAGCAAUUGAGGUCGAAGGACUGAGAGUGAUGAUGCAUGUUUUCGCAGUUCGGGAUUGCAGCGCAGAGCUAUUAUUGGGACGGACAUGGCUAAGUCACGUCCAUGCUGUUACUAUAGAACGGCCGGAUGGAAGUCAGAUGCUUUCCAUCAAGCGUCCAGACGGUGGGCGGAUCAUGAUGGAGACGGUAGAGGCUCGGAAUCCGAGGAAUAGAGCGGUUCUCGCCGCAGGGGACCGUGACCAGUUCCCCUUGCGAGUCGAUUCAUAAGCUUUCGUGAAAAGAAGUAUGGGCCUCUGCUUACAGAAGAAGAAGGUCAGAUAGUCGAAGUCGAGGAUUUA